AUGACAGGCGACUGUACAGCGCAUACCUGCCCCUUCGAUGGUGGCUUUCUCAGUUACUCGCCAUCGGCAGUCGGUAGCGCCAUCUUCUUGGCGGCUUUUGCGCUGUUGGCGCCGCUGACCUUCUAUCAAGGCUACCGAUUCAAGACACCUCUCUUCGCUUCUACCCUAACCACAGGAAUCCUCUUGGAGGUCUUGGGUUUUGCCGGGAGGUUGACCCUUCGAAAUAACGUUGCCAGCCAAACGUCCUUUUCUCUGUGGCUUCUCGGCACAAUUCUAGGACCAACCCUGAUCGCCGCGGCUCUUUGCCAAGUCUUGCCUCACGUCGUCUCUCUGUAUGGCCUUGGUAUCGGCUUUACCCAGCCUAGAGUCGCCGGGUUGUUGUUGGUCUUCGCAUUGUUACUUGCCAUUGCGUUGGAAAUAGCUGGUGUCGUUGCCGCCGUCUUUGGACUAAGCGGCGUUCAAACAACUACCAUUCUUCUUGCCGGGCUGGUUGUCCAGACUGCAGCUCUGUUGUUGUUCGUCGGUUUGUACCUCUGGUUCACACAAAAGGCCCCGGACCCAAAACACAUAGCCGUGUACCAGGCACCUCGAUUUAGGCAUUUCGUGAAGGUUAUGCCUCCGGUCGCUGUUGUCUUGAUCGCACACUCCAUCUACCGCCUCGUCGAGUAUGGAGCAGGUCUCGAUGGCCCUCUGGCGCGGACAGAGAUCGCAUCUUUGGUGAUCAGCGGGGCAUUGCCAUUGCUGGUGUGCAUAGUUCUAUGUAUUUACCACCCAGGUGCUGCUUUUGGACGGGCCUGGGGCCUCACAUCCCCCAAUUUUCGUCCUCAGUCUAUACGGUCUCGCCGUAGUCAAGGAUCGACACCUCUCCAUUCACCAACUGCGCCGUGGGACAAGCACAAGGGUCCCCGUCAGCCAGGAUUCACAGCCUCGAGGUUUCCGGACAGCAAGAUAUCACCUGUUGGUGUCGGGCCAGUUCCUUUGCGUGAUUCUACCAUGGCCAGCAAGGUCGCUGGAAGCCCUGGCGAAAGAUCUAUUACUUAUCCGAGCCCAAUAGCUGAAAGCUACACAAGGGGAGCCGUGGAAGCGACAUGUAAACCCAUCUCUCCCUCUCGAAAGACGCAGCAGAUGCAUCCGUCGUCGAUGGCAAAUCAAAACAACAAGAGGUCGAGUCAAAACCCUAUGGUGAACAGCGAGGAAUUGUGGUAG